AUGAUGGUACGUCGUCGACCAUAUCUAUUCAUCAUUGGAUUUCUACUUGGUGUUCCUUCAAUCACAACAUUCAUUCGUAUUCUAUUGCAUCCAUCAUCUAAUUUUUCACAACAAACAUUUAGUCUGAUUCAUGAGCCUAAAAUUUCGUUCCCUAGCGUACGUCCAACUGUCGAUAAACGUCGAUUCAACAGUUCAGCAGUUGAAGCACUGAUCAGCGAAGUAAAACGAAAUAUCAAAAAUACCGAACUUGCAUGGUUAUUCGAAAAUUGUUUUCCAAAUACUCUCGAUACAACUGUCGACUUUACUCUCAACACAACGGACAAUAAUCGUCCGGAUACGUAUGUUAUCACAGGUGAUAUUGAUGCCAUGUGGUUACGCGAUUCAAGUGCACAAGUUCAUCCGUAUUUACCACUAAUGAAACAUGAUGCGAAUCUUCGUCUAUUAAUCGAAGGUGUUUUACUUCGACAAUUAAUCUGUAUUCAACGUGAUCCAUAUGCGAAUGCAUUUUAUAAAACUCUCGAUCGAAUUAGUGAAUGGAAAUAUGUAGAUGAUACCGAUAUGAAUGAUGGUGUACACGAACGCAAAUGGGAAUUGGAUUCACUUUGUUAUGUUAUAAGAUUGAUGUUCUCGUAUUGGAAAGAAGUCGAUUACGAGUCCACAUUUUUUCGUAAAUAUGAAAGCGACUUUAAGAAAACAAUACGGAUCAUUGUUGACACACUCAAACUGCAACAAAGAUAUAAUGGAUCAGGAUCAUAUCGUUUUCAACGGCAAGGUGCUCCAUCUGAUCCUCGUGGUAAUCAAGCUCGACCGAAUGGUCUAAUCUAUUCAUAUUUUCGACCAAGUGAUGAUCUUCAAAUCUACCCGUAUUUGAUUCCGGCGCAAUUCUUUGCUUAUCAUUCAUUAAAGCAACUCUUAAAUCUGACCAAUAGUUUAAAUUGGGCAGAUGAGUUUCGCCUCGAUAUCAACAAUUUAAUCACCGAUUUACGUAGUGUUCUCUUCGGCAUAAAAAAUAGUGAUAUCAUAACAAUGACCCAUCCAAAACACGGUCUGAUUUAUCUUUAUGAAAGCAAUGGUUUUGGAGGCAAAGCAGCGAUGGAUGAUGCAAAUAUUCCUUCUUUACUUUCAUUACCUUAUCUAUGUCCAACUGAAUUCUUUCUCAAUCGUUCCAUUUAUCAAAAUACUCGAAAAUUCGUACUCAGUAAAGAUAAUCCUUGGUUUAUGAGGGGAAAUAUUCUCGAAGGUGUCGGCGGACCACAUAUAGGUUAUGGAACUGUAUGGCCGUUAGCGAUUAUAAUGCGAGGACUAACGUCGAAUGAUGAUGAGGAGAUACGUUCAUGUUUAAGAAUGUUACAAAAAUCGCAUUCGAAUACGGGUUAUAUGCAUGAAGCCAUUUCGGUUGAUGAUCCAACGCAAUUUACACGGCCGUGGUUUGCGUGGGCAAAUAGUCUAUUUGGAGAGUUUGUAUGGAAGAUUUAUCGAGAAAAACGAUAUCUUUUAAAUGAAAUUGAAACUAGAAAAGUAUAA